AUGACCUCCCUUUUAACAGCCAUCGGUCUCCGAGCCACCAAUCCCCUCAACUCACCAAUCCCAAACUUCGGCCCCGCCUUCUUAGGAUUCCACUUCCUCUGGGCCUACGGCGUCCUCUCCUCGCGAACACUAAAGCAAUGGUACGGCAUCGACCACCAAGUAUCUCCGCGUGAGGACCUCGCCAAAUACGGCGAAGCUGCCGUCCGCGAUGGAAAAAUCACACGUAAACAACUCGACAUGCUCAAGCGUAAUGACGCAGCUCAUGCCAAUUCGGUCGAGAAUUACUCCCUCCUUGUGGGUAGUCUGCUUUUCGCGUCGUAUGCUGGGGUUCCAGCGCAAAUUAUUAAUGCUGCUGGUUUUUCGUAUACGAUUGCUCGUCUUGUUUACGGGGGUGUUUAUAUUUUUGUUGGGACGCCGAAGUGGGCUUGGAUUCGGGGUUUGGUUUGGUGGUGGGGUAAUGUUAGCUGUCUCGCGCUAUUGUAUCAGGCUGGGAGACGUCUCAGUGCAUGA